AUGUGUGUCGUUGGCAGCGGUCUGAUUCUUCCUAUUCUUUCACUAAUUUUAACUUAUCACGCUUACAACACAUCAACAGAUUUAAAUAAUAGGGAUGAGAAAUUUACGAAAGAUGAAAACUCAAAAAUGAAUGCUUCUCAUUUUGGCCAAAAAUUGAAACACCCAUUGAAGGCAGCAUUGUUAAACAGUGAUGACAACAUUUACACUCGUGAUAAUGACAUUAAAUAUUUGUAUGGAAGACCAAGACAUUUUACAAAUUUCAAAACAAAGAAGCCGAUAAAUGAUAAUUAUUAUUAUGAUGGUGGGGAUGAUGUUAGAAGCAGGAAUGAUGAUGGAGAUUGGUAUUCCAGUUUUGACAGCAGAAGGGUUCUACCAAGGUACCAGAAUCGAAAGAAUUCUUUCCAUCAUUACCCUCCUUCCAACAUAUUCACCUAUCCAGAUCUCUAUCAGUAUUCUUCCAACAGUAGGUCUAGCAAUGUAAAAGAUAAUAAUGCUAACAUCCUCGAUAACAUUGAUGUUGGGGAUGAUGUUACCAGUGAUAACGAUGAUGAAGGUGCUGGUGAUUACGUGGAGUUCAAUGGUUUUGCUGCUAACAAGAAGAGACUGAGGAAUCCUAAAUUUGUGACCAGGAAUUUUUCAGUGAAAUCUUUGCUUAGUGUUCACAAUGGCGGUCAUGGGGGUGGUCAUUCUAAUGGCAGUAACACCUUAGAUGAAAAAUUUCCUAAGCCUGCUGAAGUUGCUUCUCCUAAAAAAGGUCUAAGAAAUACUUUGAUUUCCACAGUUUCUGAAAAAGUCAAACCAACUACUGCCACGCAGACAAGAUUGCCAUCAUUAGUACCUUCCUUUUCCAGUCAACCAUCAUUGAAUGUUGAAUAUCGUACUAACAUUGCGGUCACCUCCUCUACAGGACUGGUCAUUGAAAGGUCAGAGGUCAAGCAACAUCGAGUUCUAGAUGUGAAUGCGUUUGAUGUUUCAGAUCUGAAUGCUUCUAUUGUCAUUGCCUCCCUGCUUAUUGUUCCUAUCUUAUUGCUGGUUAUUGCCACAUUGGUCAUCAAGUUUACCAGAUCAGGUAAGUGCCGCCUGUUUGGUCGGCUGUCAAAAAAUCGUCGGUACACUCUGGUAGAUGUGCUGACGUCAACAAUCAACCCAACACCUCACAUCGAAAACCAUCUCCUCAACAACAAAACCACCAACAACAACAACGAUGAUGACGACGACCCGGACGAUGGUGCGACUGACAACAACAACAUCAGCAACGAUAUAGGCAACAAUUCCAGUUGCGUGAAGAAGAGCAAAAAGAAAAAAUAUAAAAGGAAAAACGCAAGGAAGCAGCUGAGAGAGAUAGUGAUUGACGAGGAGGACGAAAAUGAUGAAGAGAGUGAGUUGAUGAGGGUCCGAAGACGUCAGGAUGAUGGUGAUGAUGGGGGGGAUGAUAACGACGAGGAAGAAGAUGAUGAUUUUAGUCCACCAAUCAGGAAUGAUGCAGCGCCAUUUACUACUAAAGUUAACUCAUGUGGGCCAGAUAGAAAGACACAACACACCAAAGCUUAAAUAGUUGUAUCUAUUAUUCUCACAUGCUUAUAUUUAUACAUACAUGUACCGUGUAUGUAUACACAAACGUAAAUAUGUUAUACAUAAUACAUAAAUGUUUGGUGGUAUUGUAUUAGUAAAUCAAAAACGGUAUUUAAAUAUAUUGUGUAUCAUAUUAUUGUCGUAAUCGUAUCUCUAUAACAUUAAAAUUUAUUAUUUUGUUGUCUUUCAAAAUAAAAUAAAAAUAUAUAUAUGCGUGUGCUUGCGUGCGUGUGUAUGUGUUGUUUGUGUUUGUGCGAGAGAAAAAAAGAGAGAGAAAUUUCAAAAAUUUCCUAUGUAAAUAGAUAUAUUUAUUUCAUUGUAUGUUGUGUAAACAGUUAGUGAAUGGCUGUAAAUCAGAGGUUUGUCAUAUUCUGUUUCAUUUCAUCAUUAAUUUUUAAUUAUUAAUGUAUUUAAUUCUAAUUAUUUUUAUUCAUUUAUUCAACGAUUGUUAUCCUUUUAUUCAUUUUUCUUAUUUUUGCAUUAGUAGCUUACGUUUAUUUUGGGGUGCUAUGUAUAUAUAUAUAUAUGCAAUUGUUGAUAAAAAUUACAGCAUGUUCUGUGUUAGUUUCCAGUCUUAAUCGAAUAUAUAUAUAUAUACAAACGAGCUUGUACGUCCACCCAUAUAUAUAUAUAUAUAUAUAUAUAUAUAUAUAUAUAUAUAUAUAUAUAUAAAUUAUAAGGACAUAUUCUUUGUUAAUCUCGUUAACAUAAACAACAAAUUAACUAU